UGAACUGCAGAGAUGGACGAGAGCCCUCAUGCCCAUGAAAAUCUGGUUGCCAAAGCCCAGAGAUCCGCUGCUAGAGAUCCUGAGUCUAAUAGCAUAAGGAGCGAGGAGAGUCUGGGUGGAAGCCUUAAAUCGGAUGUGCCAGUCAUUGCCGAGAACACGGAACUCCCAGGAGAUCCUCCGGCGUCAAACCACCAAUCACCGUGUAUAUAUCUACUCGAGCCCUUCAUUUUAGUCCUGCUUUUUGCGUACAACUUCUCGUCCACCGUUUUGAAGAAUGAAGUCAUAUACCAGAGCUGCACAGCGGGUUUCGGUUAUCCUGAUAGCAUUUGCCAGCUGCUGGGUACUAAGAAUGCAACGAAUGAGACAAAGAGAAUUGAGGAGCUGGUGCAACCAUAUGCUGCCCGGGUGACUUUGGCAAUGAGGCUAGUGGAGUGUUUCGUUCCAGCUUUCUGUGGACUCUUUGCCGGAUCCUGGGCGGAUCGCUAUGGCCGCAAGCCUCUGCUCAUGGGCUCUUUUCUAGGCUACGGCCUGCAGUAUCUCAUUUCAGCUGCAAUAUCUUACCGUGCCAUGCAGACUCACGGCCUGGUUAGUCCCUGGUGGUAUGUGCUCUCCAUUGUGCCACUCUCCUGCUUGGGAAGCAGUGUCACCUACUCCGUGGCCGCUGUUUGCUUCAUCAGCGAUGUCUCGGAGGGCCGAGUUCGAUCUUAUAGGUUGAUCGCCUACGAACUGGCCAUAUAUGUGGGCCUGUUCCUUGGUAGCUUCGGUUCAGGUUACGCCUAUGAGGACACCAAUUCCUACAUUGUUUUUAGUAUUUCCGCCUUGGCCAUUUUCGCGGCUCUCUUCCUGAUGACGGCUCUUCUUCCGGAGAGUUUGCCACUCAGGAACCGAACACAACCAACCUCAACGGCUGGCAGUAGUGUGUUCUCUCUACUGAAGAACUUGUGGAGCACCUGCACGAAGCCCCGGGAGCACAAGAAUCGCUUUAUUUUGCUCACCAUUAUGGUAGUGCUGUGGCUUACCGCCUUUGUCUCAGAUGGUAGCAAUUCUGUGUUCUACAAGUUUAUGAGGAUCAAGUUCCAUUGGACCGUGAAGCAGUUUACCGAAUACGAGACGGUGAGCAUUUUGGUUCCUGCAGUGGCCGGUUCCGGUGGAGUUCUCUUCCUUUGGUCCCUGAGGAUGUGCACUAAAUCGGCUGUUCUGUGGCUGGCCUUGGUAUCCCUUCUGAGCCACUGCUCCAGCAGCCUUAUGAAGGCUUUUGCCCUGGUGAGCUGGCAGAUCUAUGUGGCCAUAGGACUGGGCGUGUUCAAGUCCCUUGUGAAUCCCAUGUGUCGCACCAUGAUCACCAAUCUGCUGCCUGCUGAUGAAAGGGGUAAAAUCUUCGCCCUCCUUGGUGUCCUGCAAGCUCUCUCCCCCUUAAUAUCAUCCACUCUGUGCGUUGCGAUAUACACCCGUACAUUGGACACCGAGCCGGGUAUUUUCAACGUGUUUAGCGCCUUUCUCUAUGGCAUAGCCAUUAUUCUCCUGGGCAUUGUUUGGCAUCAGAAGUCGAGAAAUCAGGUGUACUACGAACCGGUCUUUAAGUGAUUGAUCGUUCUGUCCAAAGUGCAGAAGAAGAGUGGAAGAAAGCGCCGGUCAUGCUGAAGUUUGGCUAUCAGUUAAGCCGGGACUCCCCCACCUACCUCUCAACGCAAAAUCCAAACCUAUUUACAUAUUCGAUUGUCAUUCAGUCUUAUACAAAUGUGUGAAGCUUGGGGAAUUGUUGUAUCGCUUACCCCCGACUUUGCUUAUCUUUCGCGAUCUCACUUUCCCUUCCCCUGGGAAACAUUGUUUAAUUACAAAACUCAAAAUAUUUUCUCAUUAACAAAAGUAUGGGUUAUUAUUGCCGCAAGCCUGUGGCGUGUGCGCAGUCACUUGACAAUUUUUACGGAAUAUAUAUAAAAAUAUUAAGACUGUGCAUCCGUUUGUGGGCCCAAUGAUUGGUGCUAACCAGAGAUUUGAGCAAAUGCUAAUUCCACUUGCUAAUUUAAAAUUAGUCGCCAGGUUUUUUACACCCUUGAUCGAGAUCGGUCUUUGAGCGGUAUAAGCAAAACACCGAAUGGAACUCAAUUUACGCACGAAUUUAGUGGCCCAACAGAGCGCAACGAAAUCCCUGGAACUCCACAUGGUUUGUAUCAGACCAUAUCGCAUGAACUGUCAUCAGACCAAUUAAAAUUAAUAUAAAAUAAUUAUUGGAAGCAAAAACAAUUAAAACA